AUGACUGGUAUAAACAUAAACAGUAAAACUACUGAGCCUGCGCCGCGCUACUUACAAAAAGUCGAAACAACAAAGAGCAACAAAGAGAAAACACCACAAAUAUUGCCAAUAGGGUCUGAUAAGACAGUAAUAUUACAUUCAUUCCCAAAUCCUCUGAGGACGGAAAAAUAUCUUCUUUGGGCACAAGCUGCUGGGCCUGAAGUUUUAUCAUUAGACCCCCAGUAUGUAUACAAACGUCGGAGGAUCUGCCAUAUCCAUUUUGAAACACAAUACUUGACUUAUUCUAGACGACUGACCCACCAUGCUGUUCCUACUUUACAUUUAGGUAACAGAAACAGUAAAAGUAUUGAAUCUGCGCCAAAUUUACAAGAAGCGGAAACCCAUUCUGAACACUUGCACAGCAAUACGGAUAACACACCUCAAUUGGCAAUAGAUUUGCAGCCAACAAAGGAUCGUCACCAGUUAAAGCUUGAUUUAGCCGAGGUUGGUGAACUAAAGGACCUGAUAGAGGCACACCCUUCUGACAAUGAAGACUCGCCGCCCUCGCCUGACCCACCAGAGAUAUCCGAGACCAUUGUUGAGACUAAUGAUAGUAAUGACACAGAAGGAGAGAAAAUUUUCUCGUGGCAAAAAGCUGAGUUGAUCGAAACAGACGACUCCAAGGUCCAGUCGCCGGCGCUGGUGCCUCAGACACCAAAGACAUAUGGAGACGGGGCCACGUUAUCAUUGUUCUGCGAUGAACCUGACUCUCAACCCAGUGAACUAGUAGUCCCCGAUCAAGUCGAGUAUCUAUGUAAGGAUUGUGCAGUUGUUAUCGACGGGUUCUCGUUCUGGUGCGUGCAAUGCGCGUGCGGCCCGCUGUGCGGCGCAUGCGCAGGCAGUGCGCCGCACAGCACACACUACGUGCUGCGCGCGCCAGGGGGCGCCACUCUUAGACAAACGCGGGCAGUGCUAGCAGCUAUACGACUACAGCUGCUGAAAGAAAAUCUACUAACAUUGUAUGAAAUCGAUGAAAAUGAUGUGAAAGUGGAAGUGAAACCUGAGCCGGAGGAGCGUCUCUCGAGCCUGGCGAGGGACCCGCUCGACUUGGACCCCCAACUAGACUCCGAACCCCACCGCGUGUCCCCUGACUGGCCCCCAGAGGCCGAGGAGUUUAGGAGACAAUCAUCAUCAUCUCCCGAGGUCGUAGAACUUCAAUCCGAGGCCGUGGAGCUCCAACCCGAAGAUAUAGUCCUUGAGAUCGGUGUAUCCCCAUUUGUCCCCGCCGGGCGCGGAGAGAUUGUGCAUUCACAUGAAUCAUUCCCAUUUUUUCCCGCCUCAGGUAUGGUGGACGUCACGUGGGCCCGGACAAAUGGGAAUACACCAAAGAAACUAUAA